AUGAGUGGGGAGACCGAAGAAGUGGCGCCUCCAGAGGUCCACCAUUACAGUGACAAAAGUGAAGUUCCUUGGGACAUUCAAAACUAUUGGUAUCAACGCCACCGCAUCUUUUCAAAAUACGAGGAAGGCAUCUGGUUGACCGACGAUGCAUGGUUUGGCGUCACCCCAGAACCAGUCGCAAAUAAAAUCGCGGAGGACCUGGCUGCCUCUGUGCCGAAGGAAAAAGUUGUUCUGGUAGAUGCCUUUGCUGGAGCAGGUGGCAACACCAUCGCAUUUGCAAAGUCGGGACGGUGGAAGCGCGUGUAUGCCAUCGAGAAGAACCCGGCGGUGCUCGCCUGCGCCAAGCACAAUGCCAAAAUCUACGGCGUCGAGACCGGAAUUACUUGGUUUGAAGGAGAUUGUUUCGAUAUCUUAAAGAACCAACUGAGUGACUUGGGCCCGUACAGCAUAGUCUUUGCUAGCCCGCCGUGGGGAGGUCCAGGAUAUCGAUCUGAUGAAAUUUUCAACCUUCAAACCAUGGAACCUUACUCGUUAGAUUUCUUGUAUCAAGAAUAUUCGAAGUUUUCCAAAUUCUUAGCCUUGUAUCUUCCAAGGACCUCGGAUCUUAGGCAGCUAGCCAAGGUCAUUGACGACAAUGAGAAGGUGAAUGUGAGACAUUAUUGCAUUGAGGGUGCGAGUAAAGCCCUUUGCGCUUACUAUGGAUCCUUUGAUAUGGAAAAGUCAAAGUCUUAA